CAUGUUAUGGUCGAUCGACCUUGUCUGAUCAUUCGAACGACCUUUCGACCACACCUUGUUUGCAUCACACGACCUUCGAACAACUUCAACUUGUCCCAUUAUCACUAAUAGCAUCAUGAAAGCGGGUCUGAAGACGGUCGUGGUACUAGCAUUCGUGCUCGCAAUAGGGUUCACCCUCGUCAUCCUUUCAUGCGCAUUAUGGAAUAAUUGGCUACCACUUAUUGUCGCGUUCACCUUUGUCCUAGCACCGCUGCCCAACUCGGUCUGCGGUCGAUUAGCAGGCUCGAACGAUUUCACAGCGGAGUCGAAUACAGCCUACCUAUCCUUCGGCCACUUCCUCACAGGAACCCUCGUCUCCUCAGGAUUCGCCAUCCCCUUAAUCCUCCUCCAUUCAAAGCUCAUACAAGGGCCGGCGUGUUGGAUGAGCAUGGCAGGUGGGAGUCUGGUUUAUGGGACGAUCUUGGUCUAUGCGGGGUUAUUUAACGAGGGGCAGGAUGAGAUGGGGUUCUAGAGAAUGUACGAAGGCGGCGAGGGGGUGGAAAGGUGUAGUAGAUUUGUUUUUAUGGGCUGUGGGAUCUUAUUCUAUUAUAUACCCGA